UUUACGUGGCCUCAAAACCAAUUGGGAGUCUCAACAGUUGACUUAAUCCACAGUCACAAACCAAGCACCAACCUGUUUUUCUAGAGUCUUGGGUUUUAGCAAACCAACUACUAAAUCUAGCAGACUGUGGAAAUCCCACCCACAAGUUGGGUAAAAAGUAUACAUAUUAAUCUCACCAACAUAUUGGGAAAAUAAUCAUAGAAACUGUUGUCUAAUCCUUGAGCAAAUCAAGAUUAUUUAUUAUAACUCUUUUUUUUUUAAUUUUCUCUUUUAUUUUGUCUAGCUCAUAAAUGGGUCUGUAACGCCAAUAUCGUUGAACAUUUUUCAAAGUAAAUUGGGUGGUUAAAAGAAUUGGCUUCAAAGUAGAUCAAUGUCCCUGGCAUAGCUAGACGGAUGGAUGGAUGGAUGGCUAUCCAAAAACCCACUGCCCGCUGAUAUGUUGGUGUGGGACCAAUCUCAUGAUGAUCUUACUGACAUUCUCCACAAUAUAAGCCAUCAUACAGACAACAACUCAACUCCUUUCUAAUUUCUCUCUCUUAAAGAGUUCUCGUUUCCUCCCUUUUGCUCUCUCUUCAUUACAGUAAUAGCCCCAUACUAUCAUGAAUGGGUACAGGGAAGACAAUUCAUGCUGCUAUUUCCAUCCUACAGAAGUUGUUAUUGGGGUUUGCCCUUUGUGCUUAAAUGAGAGGCUUCUUAUCUUAGCUUCAAAGCAAGGCCAACGCUCUUCAUCAUCCAGCAGAGGCAGCCAUAGAUUAAUUCAAGGUGUUUCACAAAAGAAACCUCCCAUUAACCUUCCCAAGAUCUUUGCUUUAGGUUCACUUCUCAAUCGUCUUGAGUUCAAGCAUUGGAAAUCUGAAAAUUCUGAUGAUCAUGAUGCUUCAACCAGUCAAGAAGACUCCUUCAUCUCAAUCAAGUUUGAAGAGAAUGGUGUUGCCUCAUGGGAAAAGGGCACAGUUUCUAAGGUCUCUCUUGAGCAUUGCAGCAUGUCCUGGCACCCCACCUUGACCAAGGACAAGGAACAAAAGGAGACCAAUAAGAGUGUGAUAGAGCAUGUCAAACCACGUGCAUCGCUCAGGUGGCGAAAGCGGAUUGGCCAUUUGUUCCAACUCAUCAGGUGGAAGAGGUCCAGCAAGGCCAAUGUGUGCCACAUGGGCAGCAAGGUAGAGGGAGUCAAGGUGAUGAGGAAGGGUUGGAUAAGGACUCUAACAAAGAGGGCCAAAGAAUAGAGGAGUUUUUUUGUAUAGAAAGGGACACUACGGCUUUUCCUCCAUACCAAUUUGUGUGUAGGGGCUCUCUUUUGUGACUGUAAAGUUCUAUAUAAUUGAGAUGGUAGAGUCAAAAUAUACUUUAUCACCCGAAAGUGAUUUGGCUUAAAGUUCAUUGCCUUGUUGUAUUCUAUUCUUAAUUCUGAUAGACAGAACAAGCUGCAAAACGAUUGUUACAAUUUGCCCCUCUUUUGAGAUUGGCUUAAAUAAGGGCACAUUCCUAAUACGAAAGAAAUAUUUGUAUUUUUUCUCUCCAUACUGAUCUUUGGAGUGCAAAAGCAAAAACCCCCAUGUCAUGUGCACGAAGUGAGGAACAUUGGAGCAUAAUUUCACAGGGU